AUGAGCACCUUUCUCGGUGUUAAUUGCUGUCUUCGCGCCGCCCCGGCCUUGCGGCUCAACCUGCAGAACCAGGUCCGGGCCGCGGCCUCUGGUGUCACCAAAGCAACCGCAAUAGGGCCUCUCGCCGGCUCAGCUAGAUUUGCCUCCUCGGUAUGGACAGCCUCACGGCAUCGAGGACCCGGCGAGCAUGUCAUCGCCCUUGCGCAGAACCAAUUCCAACAGCCAUGGCGCAGCUCUCCCUGGCGCAUCGAGCACCCGAGGCGAACCUUCUUCGGCUCCUCGGGUGUGGUGACGGACUACGUUGACCUGCCUCCCGGAUACGAGGAUGAGGAAGGUCUGCCCUUCCGCAGGGAUGGCGAACUGGACCAGGUCACCACGAACACCAUUUUCAAGGGCUCCCCGGACAUGACGUCUUGGAGGGCCAACAAGCUGCUCAGAAUCCUCCACGGCCGCAGGGUCGCUGGCAGCCUCGAGGACCCUGAGGUGCAGGGCAACACAGCCAGCUUCACAGAGCGCGAGAUCCAGCAGGCGCUCGGCUAUCUCCGGGCCCACGUGCCUGUCGACGAGAUCGCCAAUGCAGGGCUGAGAGCAGAGGACGAGCUGCGAGCACUGGAGAGCAUGGCGGAGUCGGAAUCCGAGGAAGACGGUGCUCAGAAGGACGUCAGUGCUCGUGGAAAGUCCAGCCCCUGGUCGCUCUACAGGGAGUCAGGUGACAAGAACGUCUACGGCGACAGCAUCCUUGACAAGAUCCGCGCGCGCAACAUCGCGAGGCGCGAGGCCGAGGAGAAGGCGCUCGAGGAGAAGCGCAAGCAGGAGGAGGAAGCGGCCCAGCAGAACUGGGGAGGACUUGCGACUACCGAGGACGGACGCACCCGCCAGGUCGCCAUGAGCCCCAAGGAGGAAGCGUACCGCGCCGAAGCAACCUCGGAGCUCGAGGCGCCGCCCGAGGCGCCCAGGUGGCGCGUCCUGCUGCCCACGACCAUCUUCGUGGCCGCCCUGGUGCCGCUGCUCUGGUGGGCAUCGGGCCUCUACAGCGCCCCGGCCGAAGACAGGCGGCUCGUGCCGUGGCUGACGCAGAAGGACGCCACCAUCUACGGGCUGCUGCUGGUGAACCUGGCCGUGUUCGUCGCGUGGCGGCGCAUGGGGGCGUGGAAGUUCCUGAACAAGCACGCCAUCAUGGACAUGGUGAUGCCGCGGCCCACGGGCGCCGUGGCGGCCAUCUUCUCGCACCAGGCGCCGUCGCACCUCGUCGAGAACAUGUUCGUGCUGUGGCUGCUGGGCGGCCUGCUCCUCGGCGACGCGUCCAGGGCCGAGUACCUGGCCGUGUUCGUGGGGUCGGGCGCCGCCGGCUUCCUCGCGUCGCUGUACAAGUGCGUGCUCACGCGCCACCUGACUUACGGCCUCGGCGCCUCCAGCGCCGUCUUCGGCGUCAUCUGCUGCUACUUCUGGCUGCACCGCUUCGAGGGCUUCAAGAUCCUCGACCUGCCGCCGGACCCGGCCAACGGCAUGCAGGGGCUUGGCAUCAUCGGCCUGAUCGUGGGCCUCAACCUGAUCCCUGCCUUCAGGCAGUUGCCGGGCCAGAAAGACUGGAUCUCGCAUCUGGUCGGCAUCGCGACGGGUAUUGGGUUUGCGAUGUUGAUAGAGGAGAGAAGAAAGGGGAGUGGGAACAAGGACCUCGUUUUGGAGGGACAGAACGUCAACAAAGACGAUGAAGACAAGGCGAAAAGCAAGCAAAAGUCCUGA